UACAGCGGUUAUCCACUCUAUUUAUCCUUCGGUUUGCACAAGUUUUAUUGUUCUUACUUUUAUACCCUUUUAUUGCAUGUUUUGACGUAAAAUGUCUCAUUUCGCCUCUCCGAUGCCAAGCCAGGAGUUCCUCUGGAACGUGUUUCAAAGGGUUGACAAAGAUAGAAGUGGUUACAUAUCUUCCGACGAGUUACAGCAAGCUCUCAGCAAUGGUACUUGGACCCCAUUCAACCCAGAAACUAUCAGGCUAAUGAUAGGGAUGUUCGACAAGCAAAACAAAGGUCAGGUCAACUUCACCGACUUCGGAGCUUUGUGGAAGUACGUGACCGAUUGGCAGGCAUGCUUCCGCUCGUUCGACAGGGACGGUUCGGGCAACAUAAACCGCGAUGAGCUCAUGUCUGCCCUCACUACCUUCGGAUACCGCCUCUCGCCGCAAAUUGUCAACCUGAUGGUGACCAAGUUCGAUAGGCAUGGACACGGAACAAUACUUUUCGACGAUUUUAUUCAAUGCUGCAUUGUCCUUCAUACUUUAACAAGUGCUUUUAGAGCAUUCGACACUGACCAGGAUGGCGUGAUUACAAUUCAUUACGAGCAAUUCCUUUCUAUGGUCCUCGGCUUAAGAAUGUAAAUCCAAACCAGUUUAACCUCAUUGUAUUAUCAUAUUCAUCAUCACUGAAUGUAAUUUUAAUAUAAAAACGAUAUUCAUAUUGUUCACAGAUUUUUUAUUGUUAAUAUGCUAAUAGAAAAAGAUUAAAUUUAAAGACUAUAAAAAAAAAUUUAACAGCAUGAUAGAUAAUUCUAGGAUUUACAGUAACA